GCACGCUGGGGGAUGUAGUUUCCCGUGGGGGCCGGGGGGCGGCCGCCAUGUUAGGAGCGGGCCGGCUUUGCGUUGUGUCCUCCGCGGGUGCCGGGCGGUGCCGGCCUGCUGUGGGGGGCUGAACGCGGGGCCCGCCGCCAUGCUGCUGCUCCGAGCCGCCGCCUGCUGCCGCAGGGCAGCCUCCGGCCCCGCCUGGCUGCGGGGGGCCGCCGCGCACAGAGGGCUGCCCGCCGCCUGCCGCCGCCGGGACAGCGCGGGGGGGUGGCAGGUUACGUCUUUUCAAGCGCUGGCUGUUCGCAGCCUCAGCACAUCCGCCCCUGCUGACCACCCGGAGCAUGGAAGAUUACUUUAUAAAGGAAACUUGGCAAAGGCGGUGUUAGGUGUGAGGUUUUUCUCUUACUCCACCAGCAUAUUCAACCUGUUCAUGGUGCCCUACAUCAUGCUCAAAACUGGCAUUGGAUUUGAUAGCCUGCUUAUACAAGCUGCAUUUUAUGGGUUGAUAGGGUUUUUUACAUUUGUAACACCAGUCACUUUGCAUAUCCUUACAAAAGGCUAUGUGAUUCGACUCUAUUAUAAGGAGGAAAUGGACACCUAUACAGCUAUUACGUACAAUGCAAUCUUGACAGAGAAAGUGACUGUCUUCCAGCAGAAAGAUGUGAAGAUUCCAGACAUCACCAAGAUGUUUACAACGUUUUAUGCUAAAACUAAAUCAAUGCUUGUUAAUCCGCUGCUUUUCCAGAAUCCUGAGGAUUUUAACCGUCUCAUGGGCUAUGACAAAUCCUUAUAUUUUGAUUUUGAGGAGGAAAAGGAAAACAGUGAAAGUAAAUAACUUGAAGAUCAGGAAUAUCACUUAUUACAUGAAUUGUUACUUAUUACCCGGUUAUGGUGCAGAGCUAUAUAUGUAAAAGCAUGUUGUGUUCUGUUAUAUUUUCUUAAGUAUCAGAUAACAUUUGAGUUCCCCAAAUGUGUUUUGGAAUGUACUGAAAAAAAAAAGGUUCUAAAUAAUGUGCAGUCUUUCUUCAAAGUUAAUGACACAAAACAUACUAAAAAUGCUUAUGUCUGUCUUCUGCUUGCUAUUCUUGAUUUAGUUUCUAUUAUUAACUAUCCAGGAGAACGGUAAAAUGCAUGGGCUGUGCUGCAAACUCACAAUCUCUUGUAAAAUUCAGAUUAAAAAAAAUGAUCAGCAUUCAUUACCUGUCAAGUAAAUUACAUUUAAUGCGAAAAGAGAGGGCUUUUUUUUUUCUUUCCUUUUUUCUUUUUUUUUUUUUUUUUUUCCUCCUGAUGCUGCUCUUCAUACCCUGAGAGUGGUAUUGGCUUUUACUUAGCCAGGAAGAGUCUUCAGAAAGCAGACAGGUAUUGUUAUUAGUUCCUGCUAGAGGUCUGGGGGCCUCUGGAGAAGUUAGAAAGAACAGCUGAGUCACAACAAGGUAUAGUCACAGGUACUAAAUGGUGUGUUAAGAUAGAGUCCCAUUCCCAAGGAACACUGCUCCCAGAUAUGGAAAACAAGUAGCCUGUCUUUUGUGUGUGUACUUGGGGGAGCAUGUUAGCAUAAGAACUGUGCUGUCAAAAUCCUGUUAAAGCAUACUGUAUUUGGACCAACUUAAAAUGCUAGCAGUUAAUGGUUAAAAUGGACUCUUUCACCAUUUUUAAAAGUUGGGGAUGCAAAAGGAAAUCUCUGAUAGAAUACUGUUUAGAGCUUGUGCCUUAAAAAGUAUACUUCUUGAUUUCUGGCUCUGCAAAGAAAGACAUCUUUAAUUCAAGUAAAGAGCAUUAGAUUUUUUCAUGUGGCUGGAUUGCUUAAAUUAGUCCUGCACUCUGCAUAUGUGAAAAUUGGAUUUAAAUGUUUUUAAUCCAAGGAGAAGUUUGUUACACAAACUGACAAGUACUUGUAUAAAAAAAAUAAUAAUGAGAGUCCUAAAUAUUUGCAGACUUAAAAAAUUGCUGAAUCAAACAAGAAUACAUACAGAAUUCAAAUUGAUCCUUUCCUAUUAGGAAUUUACUUUGUAAAUCUGAUGCUUGCUACUAAUUCCUGAUUAGUCAUCCUGAUCCUGUGAAUAAAGAAAAAAUAAUUAACUACUUUCACAGAUGUUUCCGAAGUUGUAGCCAAGGAAAAUUAUGUACUGAAAAGUCUAAAUGUAUUCUAAAACUAUUACUCCAAUUUCUUCUUGUAGGUUGACACUGUAGAUCAUUUUAAAAAUCUGUGUUUUUAAAAAUCAUUUUUACUGUUGAAACCACUCUUGAUAUAGUUGCUAAUUAAAAAGCAAAUCAGUCCAUUGAGUUAUUUCUGAGGCACGUUUGUGUUGGAACAGUUUUCAUUUGAAACGCCUGAUCUAACCCCGUUAUUAUCACUUGGUAGGUAAGUGGUAAUACACAAAAAUUCAUUGAAUGCGUCAUACUGAAGACAGGAGGCCAGUAACAAGCAAUUUUGAUCACGUGGUUGUAGUACUCGUCUUUAGUAAAGUGAUGUUUUAUACCUAAUUAAAAAAAUUGUCCAUUCUUUCUAUGUCUCUGCUCAUUCUCAUCUUUUUGUGCUAACUGAUGAUAUUCAUCAUCUUUAAAUGCCAAAUAGAGAGGGAACAGGAGGAAACUCUUAAGUAAUAUCAAAAUCCUCAGCCUUUUCUUCUGAUUAGUAAGAAUUUUCACUGUUAGAAUUUGAUACCUUGCUGAGUCAGAUUUAAGCAGCAAUAAUAAGAAUUUUCCAUCCCAGUGGAUGAGUUUCUCAAAAAAAGUAGAGGCAGUAAACAUCAUUUUUUCUAUCUGUUUGUCUCCUGACAGUGAAAUGCAAGUUCAGUGAGUAAGUGGCUUUUGAAACCUAGAUUAUUUUAAAUAAAUAAAUAAAUGCCCAGGUUUUUACCAGCAGGUAGGUGACAAUUCUGGCCACGAUGCAGUCUCAGAUGAAUAUUUCAUACUUCCAAAUGUGCACCUUGAAAAUAGUGGUAAUUCCAUAUCUUUCUUUUAAAAGUACUUUUAUAUUAAAUGCAAUCUUACUAAAAUUUGGAAAGAGUUUUUGCUUUCUAGCACUGGGAAAGGUCAAAUUUCCUAGAGAUGCAUGGUAUUCCACUGGGUCUACAAUUUAUUUGCUGCUAACUUGGCAAACUGUGAAUUCAGGAAACAAACUGUAAAUCUGCAAAUCGUAUUUCUUUUUAUGGUCACCAAAUAAAUGUGCCUUUGACCUGUUA